AACAUUAUAGUUCGGCCCAAAUUUAAGAUUAGCCACCUACCUACCAUUUUCAAUAUUUAACUAUUUUAGCCCAACUUAAAUGGAUCAACUUUUAAUCCAAUUUUUAAAAUUAGCCCACACACCAAUUUAACCCUCAAACUUUAAACACACCCGCUCCCUACUAACCCACCAAAUCAUUCAUUCAUACUUCUUAUCUAUUCUCAUUUUUCCAAUUGAUUAUGGAAACGCGCAAGUGAAGAGCCUGAAACGGUGAAGCCCCCUGCAUUCUGCAAGCCAGAAAGAAAACAUUACUUGUGGCACCACGUUCUGAGGUAAUAGUUGUUAGCUUUUUUCCAGAAAAUUCUCAAUGAUGACCAUUGUACCGAUUCCAAGCGACUCCUACAAGCUAGGUUUUAUCGGGGCUGGAAAAAUGGCUGAGAGCAUUGCAAGAGGUGUAAUCAAAUCAGGGUUGUUGCCUGCUUCCCAGAUUAGAACUGCACAUCUUGGAUAUGAUCGUCGUACUGCAUUUGAAUCUUUUGGCGUCAAAGUCCUAGAUCACAACAGUCAGGUAGUUGAAGACAGUGAUGUUGUCAUAUUAUCUGUCAAGCCUCAAGUUGUUGAAGGCGUGGUACUGCAGUUGAGGUCACUCCUCUCAGAGAAGCAGCUUUUGGUGUCAGUUGUUGCUGGAGUUAAACUAAAAGAUUUGCAGGAGUGGGCUGGUCACAGUCGAUUUAUUAGAGUUAUGCCUAACACCCCGGCUGCUGUUGGCAAUGCGGCAUCUGUUAUCAGCCUGGGGGCUGGAGCUACUAAAGAUGAUGGAGAAUUAAUUUCCAAGUUAUUUGGAGCCAUUGGUAAGGUGUGGACAGCUGAUGAGAAACUGUUCGAUGCAAUCACUGGCCUCAGUGGUAGUGGACCAGCAUACAUAUAUUUAGCAAUAGAAGCUUUGGCUGAUGGAGGGGUGGCUGCUGGUCUUCCUAGGGAUCUGGCACUCGGGCUAGCUUCUCAAACUCUGUUACAGGUAUUGGGAGCAGCAUCAAUGGCUGUUAAUACAGGAAAGCACCCCGGUCAGCUGAAAGAUGACGUUGCAUCUCCUGGAGGGACAACCAUAGCUGGUAUUCAUGAGUUGGAGAAGGCUGGUUUUAGGGGAAUUUUGAUGAACGCAGUUGUUGCUGCCAGCAACCGCAGCCGAGAACUUUCUAAUAACUAGUUUUGCCAUAUUCAAUGGAUUAGCUAGCUCAAUCUUAUUUCCCUGAGACCUUGCACUAUUGGUUUUUCCUUUCAUAAGAUGAUGUUUCUAUCAACUUGUCUUUACGUGUUGUCAUUGAAUUUCCUUGAACAAGCAAGGUUAAAUAUCGCGAAUAAUUAAUUGAUCAGAAGCAAUAAUUUGCCAUUCUUGUCUUUCUUUACCCUCUGAUAA